CAAAUUGUUUUUCUUCGCCUUUUACGACGCCAACGAUCGCUCCCCCAUCAUCAACAUCAUCAUCAGCCGAUUCAAUCUGUGGAUGGCGGAGUAGAGUGGGAUAAUAUUUAAAUGCAUCAUGUGCUGAUUCAUUCCAUCACCUUCCAAACUGCAUCGUACGUUGCAGUUUCGGUAUGCAGUCCAUCUGUCGCACUCUUCCAUGCGCACGACGAUCAUUUGACCCUUUUUGUGCUGUUCUUCAACGCAAUCUAAUCUUCGCAAGCGCGAUAAUCGCGACAUUCGCGCGAAAACUCCAAGAGAAGUACCGCGCCGUUGGUGGUGCAGAUUGUAUGUUGCAUCCAUAAUAGGACCCCUAAAAGCCAGCCAAGGAAGCGCAUAGCGAAAUGGUGGUAAGGGGAAAUGUGGACAAACGAGGAAAAUACGAAGAUUUUGCUCCCCUUUGCAUCUUCGGCUCCAAAACUGGCCCGUUUUUGUGCGGCGGCCAGAUGGAGAGUUAAAGAUUAAACACAUAUUCCCAUCACACUUUCGCAUUCUCACUCUCACCCGCUCUCUCGCACGCGCAUUCACAUUUCGUCCCCUAGGCAACGCACAGUGGUUCGGUUUACGCGUUCGGACACGAACGUGAGAUGGCACCUGCGUAAAAGUGUACCCCGCGUUAGUCCAUCUCGCUCACUAUCGCUCGCUCUCUUUAUCUCUUUCUCUCUCCCACACAUUUCAUCCCCUUUCGGAAAGGGAUGCCGUGGCGCGUGUGAAAAAGAACAUCUCCUCUGCCAAAGGAAACCUGAACCGAACGGCAAACGGCAAGGAACGAGCAAAAGGCGAACCCGCACCAAAAUCCAAAACGUGCCCGCUCGGGAAACAAACGACGGUUGUUUUCCACUGGCAUUCGAAUCGUUUGGUUGUGUACGGGUGCCACUGUGCUUACCAAACAAAAAACUUCAGCGUUGCGGCGUUUGUGAUGUUUCUCUCGGGCAACAUAACUCCUGUACCGUUUAUAAACAUCGACUAAACGCAAUUUUGCAAUCAAUCAGAAGACGUGUGUUUUAUGGGAAUUUAAAAAAAGAAAACUUUAAUAAAGCAAGUUUCAAAAAAGUGAUCGUGCAGUGAAGUUAAAACCGGAGAGACGGUCGAGACAACCGCAGGACCGCAAGUGAUAAAAAAAGUCCUUUAAAAUGUUAUGAUGUGAGAGUAAAUGUUCCGUGGUAUUGCUGUGCUGUGUAAGGGGCUUGAAUGUGAUCUUCUAGUGAUGCCGUUUGGAAAAAAGGGAUAUCGCGCAGUGGAUGUGUAAUACCGGCGGGAAGCAGAUAGUGGAAGAAUUUAAAAGAAAAAAAAACGACGCAAUUAAACCGUGCUAGAGGAUAAUAUUUAUUAGUGGUAUUGAAGGUGGUGAAAAGGAGCAAAAGCAGGAAGCUGGUGAUCGAGUGAUACAGUGCGUCGCAAAGGGUGAAGAUCAUACCGAACCGAAGUCUAUCUAACGUUCCAGGCAUACCGUCGUCAUCCAGCAGGCUUCAGCUGAGUGAGCCUAACAUACCGGAGCCUAGGCAAAGGAACGGAGAAGGCAACGAAAAAUAAAAGCAACAUACCCGGGAUCGUACGUACGGUAAGGUAAGAAAGGAUUAACACGGAAUCAACUCAUUCCCGUUCCCAUUUUUUACGUGUGAGGUCCUGCCCUUCCCGCAACUCACAACGAUGAGCGGCGGACACUAGGAAGACCAACCGUAAUCCUCACCAAACCAUCUACCAGACCACUACGCGACUAUAGAACGAUCUGCAGCAAACCAUGGUCCAGCAAGUGGAGGUUCGUUCGUUUGGCUUGCGACUUCCCCACUCCACGUGCCAUCUGGCGGCCGAUCGUGUCGUACCGAGGCGAAUGCUGCAACUGCUGCUUUUGCUGCUGCUGUACUGUAGCAGGUUUGCCGAUGGUAGCUGGUGGCGCAUUGCCGACCUAUCGCUGGAUCCAGCACACUUCCAUCGGGACAAUCGGAGCUAUGAGCUGUGUGGCGAUACGACUUUUUUCACGGAUCAUCAGCGUGACGCCUGUUACAAUAAUCCGGAACUGUUGAAGGUGAUUGUGCAUGCAGCCAACACGGCUAAAUAUGAGUGCCAAACGUACUUUCAGAACUAUCGCUGGAACUGUUCGGCGAAACGUGGUUCCAGCAUACACUAUGGGAAUUUCGACGACAAAGGGAAUCGUGAGACGGCCUACCUAAGCGCAAUCAAUUCUGCUUCCCUAACCUGGACGAUCACACGUUUCUGUACGAAGGGCGAACUGACAACCUGCCAGUGUGAUCGCAUUAUACGGAGCAAGCAUAGCAACAAAUGGACCUGGGGCGGUUGUUCCGAGGAUAUCAAGUAUGGUCUCAAGCAGUCACGCUCGUUUACGGACCCACAGGAGAACAAAACCACGAGCUUUGGGCUGAUGAAUCUACACAACAACGAAGCAGCACGACGAAUAUUACGCUCAAGGAUGGAGAAAGUCUGCAAAUGUCACGGAAUGUCCGGAUCAUGUACGACACGUGUCUGCUGGCGACGACUACCGCCCAUGAAGCUGAUCGCUGACACGCUCGGUUCCAUGUUCGAUGCAGCGGCACAAGUAAAGCCAGUUGAAAACAAAGGCAUUAUUAAGAAGUUGAUACGCAAGGAUCUCGACUACAAGAAGGUGAACAAGUCGGAUUUGGUGUACGUUGCGGAAUCGCCUAACUACUGUGAGGAAAAUGAAAGCUUGGGCAUCUUUAGUACACGUGGCCGUUUCUGCAAUCGAACAUCGUACGGUAUCGAAGGGUGCCGGCUACUAUGCUGCGGUCGGGGCUACCAAACACGCGUACGGAACGUGGAGGAAAAGUGCAACUGCAAGUUCGUUUGGUGCUGCUCGGUCAAGUGUGACACUUGCAGCAUGCGCAAGGACGAACACAUCUGCAACUAAAAGUCACCCCGCCACUCCCCUCUUCUCACCCUAUAACAACCCACCCCCCCCUGAGACACAUCCCCCGUCAUCCGUCACGUAUGUGUGGAACGAAGUGGAAUGGGAAAAAAAGAAAUAAUAAGAAUUGUGUAACUAUUUAUUCAAACAUCGAGACAUUUGUAUCAUCAGCGACAUCAUCCAUCACGCGUCAUCAUCAUCGUCACCAUACUCAUUUUUCGAAUUAAUAAUCUCUUGGAUAAUGGAACCCUAAUUAAUCCAUUUCACAAGAUGCUAGUGUGACAUUAAACCCACGUGGAAAAAGAAAGGCAUUGUGCACCUCGAAUGGUAACUUUCCCAUGAAAGGUAGAGGAUCCGAUCAUUCAUCGAUCGGUGUUUGUGACAGUUUUCGUUUACGUUUCAUUCAUUCAUUUAUCGUAGGAUUACUGUAAUCCUGUAUGUGUACUGGUGUAACAACAGUUAUUACACUAUCAGUCGAACCAACCAGCACCAGCACCGUACACCAAAAAAACAAUCGGAAUCCAGCAAACAAAUGAAUUCGCUUACAGAGUCUCACGCGUGUGCGCACCUUUCUGCAUCUUUCAGGCGUGGGGUGCAAAACAGUGAAAGUGGUAAUAACAUACCAGAAGAACGCAUUUUGAAUUUCUGUGAUUUGAUUUUAGAGAGCUUUUUUAUUUUAUUUAGUAAUAAAACCGUAGCAACACAGCAACAGAGUAAGGGGUUAAGUGUAUUUUUAGCUUAUUAUUUCGGUUUACUUAGUAAGGUAAGAACGUGUAGAAGCAACCAUUUUCAACCAAACUAUCUCUCUCUCUCUCUCGUAUUCUGUUGCAAUACACCCUUUAGCAAGUCCGUUUGUUGAUUUCAUUGAUUUACAAAACAUCCCCGAAUGGCUUGUAAUUGUAACAACAUUUUGGAAGAAACAUAUUUUUUUUUCUUCAAAAUAAAAAAUAAAUAGGAGACGAAUAUUGGACUCGCGUACACAGUGUGACAAUGCUGUACGCUUUUCAAUCCUUAUGUCCAGUAGUUGUCCACUGCCAUUCCAUCCCAGCAGCACCGCUUUCGGUAGAUGCAAUUGGAAACGGUAAUUACCCUGCCAUUGAUUAGCGUGUUCGAAUCUGUUUAUAAGCUAUUUUGUAAUGUAAUGUAAUAUGGCUAAAAACCAACAACAACGACAACAUUAACAACAAAAACAAACAAAACACUUUCAGUAUGACAAAAUAAAGUAAUUGCCCUUUCAAACAAACCAA